GUCUGUCCGUCAUGACUUGUUAGCCAUCCUACGCCUCUCGCCAUUCUCCACUCUCCAGCAUAGAAUAGACGCGAUGGACGUGCCGUUUCCGACCGACGUGCAGGAGUUCGACAGCGAUGACCGAAUAUCCUUCUCCAAGCUCGACAACAAGUUUAUUGCUGUCCACGACGACGGAACGGAGUUUGAGUUUGAUCCCGAGCUGAAGCGAUGGAGCGCCAUAGAAGAGGAGCAAAUAGACGACGAUCUAAACGAGCUUAGAGAGUUCAGCAGAACCCCCGCAGACGAUGCUACUUCUGCCAAGAAGAGGAAGGCCGACUCGCAGAAUGGCGACGCAGACAACGGAGCUCCUAAACCAGCGCGUCCGAAUAAAAAAAUGAAGCCUCCUCCGAAACCGAGGCAAAACACCGCCGUAUACGUGACCGGCCUCCCUACAAACGCCACAGUCGAUGAGAUCCACGACCUCUUCUCCCGCAGAGCCGGCGUCAUCGCCGAGGAAAUCGACAGCGGCGCGCCCCGAAUCAAAAUGUACACCGACUCCGAGGGCAACUUCAAGGGCGAUGCGCUCGUCGUCUUCUUCAAGCCCCAGAGCGUGGACAUGGCCGUCAUGCUGCUGGACGACACCGUCUUCAGAUACCUGCCCGAUGGGACGGCGGAGGGCCGGAUACGAGUCCAGGUCGCCGACUCGAGCUACAAGAAGACGCAGUACGAACCCGCGGGCGGCAGCGGCGACGCGAGCAAUGGCAGUGGGAGCGGGCAGGCGAAGCCAAGGAAUGAACGGGACCGGCAGAAAAUCAUCAAGAAGACGCAGAAGCUGGCUGCUAAGCUUGCGGACUGGGACGAUGACGAGCCAUACCCGGCACUGGCUGCUCCGUCCAAUUCCAAGAGAGAUAAGACGGUCAUCCUGAAGCACAUGUUUACUCUUCAGGAGCUGGAAGAGGACCCGGCGGCCCUGUUGGAAAUCAAGGAAGACAUCCGAGACGAAUGCUCCAAGCUAGGUCCGGUAACCAGCGUAGUGCUGUACGAUUUGGAGCCCGAUGGAGUGGUAUCUGUCAAGUUUAAGAAUGUCGAGUCCGCAGCCGCCUGUAUCAAGCUCAUGAACGGGAGGAGCUUUGGUGGCAGCACGGUGCAGGCAUCAUUGACAACGGGUGAGAAGUUUAAGAAAUCCAAGGAGGAAGCAGGCGAUGAUUCAGAUUAAAGGGGAGAAGAGGGAGAGAAGCAUGGAAGAGAGGGUGUAGCAUUGGCGCCUUUUUUUUUUUUUGUCUUAUCAUCACAUAGAUCAUUGGCUUUUUGCAAAUUGUAAGUUUUUUUUGCUUUAUUUUUUGGCUACUUAUGAGGUAGUAUUGAUAAGAUACCCAUAAAUCUGCUUUUAUACCACGAAUAAUGCUGGUGGUUCUGUCUCCAUAAGCUAUCCGACUCAUUGUGAACAAGAACCUCAUGCUAUACAUGCCAAGGAGAAAUGUAAAAGAAACCCCAUUCGCUGCAAAAGAACACAUAAAUUGGCCGUUAAAAGGCUCGAUCCAAAGGAAAAGUUGAUGACAAAAGGAAGAGACGUACUAGCCAGUGGCUCAUUUCAGGCUCAUUUUGACAUCUUCGGCCAAGGUAUACCAUAUCGCAGCACUGAUAAUCUUGCAGACGAUAUCAAGCUCCAUAUCAUCUCUGGGAGCGUAAACCAUCACAAACUCUUGAGCAACGGGCAUCUGGAUGUACUUGCCCUUCCACGCCAGAGGAUGCCUCUGUCCCCAGCCCUUUUGCAAUAUCUCUUUGAUGUCAUCCGGGUGGAGACUCAUGUGCAUCGAGUGAUCCGAGUCGUGGACGUGGCAAAUCUCGCCCUGGCAGUUGGUCUGCAGAGGAUGCCUCGCGAAGAGGGCCAGGCCAUGCUUUUCCAGACACGAACGCUCGGUGCCGAAUUUGGUGGGGUUCUGCGCGCUCAGCCUUUCCAUGGCUCGGCGGAGGGCAACGUAGCAUCGCCGGGAGCCAUGCUGGUCGAGUUGGCGUUGAGGAGCGAUGCCAGCAACGACGGGGCGAGGGCCGGCGCGAUAGGGAAGCACCUGGGCACUCAGAACGCCUGCUUUAGGAAGACGAUUCGGAUCUGGUUCGGGGGCUGUGAAGGGAUCGCGGAGAGAGAGCAUGCGUAGGCAGGUGAUGCGGAUAUAGCCUUGGAUAGUGGCCGGCGUGCCUCCCGGCCCAAGGCUCAGGAAGUUGUUGUAAUCGUUGUGGAUGAGAAGUGCGACAGGGACGAUGCUGACGACUGCCUCGGCCAGGAAUGAAUCCAAGAAGUGAAUUGCGAGUACAAUUCCCAAGGUAAGGACACAUAUAGAAGGGCCGCCCAGCGUAACUGAGACGGGCGUCUGGCGGACGAUGCAGGAAGCCUUCAACAGCUCCAGCUCUGAGGGUUGUUCUGAGGGCUCCUCAUCGAGCUCCGGGACCAGAGACAAGGAGGUGAUUGUCUCGGUUGGAGCAAUUGAUACUGACAUGACGACAGGGCAGCGAUGGAGAGAAGAGGAGGCAGAUAUCUGGUGCAAGGAGGAGUUUAACCACGGGAGCCCAUGAGUGAGGUCAGGCACUGAUACAAGGGAAGCCCGCAGUUGUAGUAUACGGAACCGGUGCGAGGCGGAGGGGUCUGGGGUUUAAGCCAUGUGAGGAGUCGCAGACAACAUAUAUGGCCCACGAGGAGCUGGAAAGCAGGGUCUGAGGCCAGGGGG